GCGACGGUCACAAUGUCGUUGCAAGAGGCAUCCGAAGCGCGAAAGGCUCGUCUUUUGGCUCUCAGGAGGCGCAAACUAGGCGAGGCCGACGGUGGGGAAGGUUCGUCAGAACCGCUCAUUAAAACGCGAAAUUUUGAUCCUGUAUCAAGAACACUGAAGAAAUACGACGGCGAUGUGGAGAUGGAGGAUACUGUAGAGAAGAAGGUCAAGGGUCUGGCAGAGCAAAUCAUUGCUGAAGACGAGGCACGGCGGCAGCAAGAACUCGAUAUUUUUAACAUCGCUCCCAAGAGACCUAAUUGGGAUCUCAAGCGUGAUAUGGAAAAAAAACUGGCGAAAUUGGAGCGACGGACGCAGGAAGCAAUACAUACCCUUAUCCGCCAAAGACUUGCCGCACAAAAGGGAGAGUCCGACGACCUUGUCGGCGCCAUGAACGCGCAAGAACGGCAAGAUGCGAAGGCGGACCUUUCCGACGACGAUGAAGACUGAUAACAGGAGGCGUGGGCCUUUCUCUGUGUGGCCCAAUAUGUACCCGCCUGGACCACCCCAAACUUGAACACCUCCCGAAAUUAAACACCGUUCAAGUUGACCCCCAAUAUUGUCCCCGCUUCUCCCAAGGGACGUGUACAACGCAGGUUCCGGGUUCCAAUUAUUACCGCACCAAAUAUACGAUCAUCAACUCUCUUUGGA